AUGACCUGCAUGAGGAGGGAUAAUGGAAGCACAUUCUCUGAGUUCAUUCUCUUAGGGCUUCCCAUCAGGCCAGAGGAACAAGGCCUGUGCUAUGCCCUUUUCCUGGCCAUCUGCCUGACCACGGUGCUGGGGAACCUGCUCAUCAUCCUGCUCAUCCGGCUGGACUCACGCCUCCACACCCCCAUGUACUUCUUCCUCAGCCACCUGGCUUUCACUGACAUCUCUUUCUCCUCUGUCACGGCACCAAAGAUGCUCAUGAACAUGCUGACACAGAGCCGGUCCAUCUCAUAUGCUGGGUGCAUUUCCCAGGUGUAUUUUUUCUUAUUGUUUGGGUGUAUUGACAACUUGUUUCUGACCUCAAUGGCCUAUGACAGAUAUGUGGCCAUCUGUCACCCUCUGCACUAUACCACCAUCAUGAGUCAGAAGCUGUGUUUCCUGCUAGUAACUGGGACCUGGGUCUUAUCCUCUGUGAAUUCACUCAUACACACCCUCCUCCUAGCCCAUCUCUCAUUCCUUAGGGACAACACUCUGCCUCAUUUCUUCUGUGACCUCUCUGCCUUACUUAAACUGUCCAGUUCAGACACCACCAUUAACAAUCUGGUUAUUCUCACUUUGGCAGUGGCUGUUAUUACAGUACCAUUAACAUGCAUUCUGGUCUCUUAUGGCCACAUUGGGGCCACCAUCCUAAGAGCUCCUUCCAUGAAGGGCAUCUGCAAAGCCCUGUCCACAUGUGGCUCUCACCUCUCUGUGGUUGCUCUGUACUACGGAGCCAUUAUUGGUCUCUACUUUUUUCCUUCAUCCAAUAACACGAAUGACAAGGAUGUCAUCGUGGCUGUGAUGUACACGCUGGUGACACCCAUGCUAAACCCCUUCAUCUACAGCCUGAGGAAUCGGGAUAUGAAAGAAGCCCUGGGAAACAUCCUGAAGAAAGGAAACUUUUCUGUGUAA